ACUUUUCAAAUAAACAUAACACAAAUGUCUCUAUGAUAGCUUUACAUAAAAAGCGCACUGCGUUAUUUUAUUUUGGAAUCGCUAUAUUUAAAAAUGGCACCGGUGUUCAAAGUGCUGCGGACUAGUGGCUUUUUAAUUUACCUAAUUGUAAUAGUAAUCGCACUUGCGAAAGUUCAUACAGAACCAAUGAUUGUGAAGUUGAAAGUGUUGCGGAAAAAUUGCGAUCAAAUAAAUUGUAAUUAUUUGCUAAAAGCUAUCGGUGGUGAGUUUCUCGGUCAUUUAUCUUGGCGAUUGACUCCUGAAGGUGGUAGCUGUGACGUGAGCUAUCCAAAUUAUGAAAUAAGCGAAGUGCAAACUGAACAAUGGCAUACGAAAAGUGAAGUUACAGUGUCGAAGGAAAAUAGAAAAAUUUACUUUUGUUUACGUUUUGUUGACAAAAAUAAAGCCCCAUUUAGUGGUAAUUGGAUUCAUCAGGGUGAGGAAAUUUACUUGGAUCCCACAAACGAUGAAGUUGGAACGGUUUUGGAGAAAAUAUUGCAAUCAACGGAAACUCCAGAUGUACAGAAUACCCAAGUGGACAGCGAUUGGAAGGACUUAUCCAAUGACAUCAGUGUAAAUUACUUAAACCCCAAACCCAGGUUAACCAGAAAGCUUUACGAUAUAGAUAUAUCUGACCCUAAUACGAUAAUAUACAAGGGUGUAAUGUCACAAUUCGAUGAGUCACAUAAGGAUCUUAUUGGUGGCAUAGUUAAGAAUGCAGUGAUUAUGAAUGAAAAAUCCUUGGACAGAAGGAAAAGAGACAGUUUGACUACAAAGCCUGAUAAUGGAGAAGAAACACUGGUUACAAGACAAAUGACAGAUGUGAUGGAAACGGUCAAGGGUGAUCCGAUGAAUAUAGUUGUCGAUGGAGUGCGCAUUGAGGAUUCAGCGAAGGAACCAAAGAUAACUGAAGGCGGUGUGCCAAGUGUUUUAGCUGGCAGCGGGGUCACGCUGAGAUUGUUUGGGGAUGGCCUGACACCGCGCACAGUCAUCGCGUUCACCGAUUACCCGCAGGAAAUGGGCGAGAAAUGCAAAUUCAUACUCAAAGGAGAAUAUUUGGUCAAAGUGGACACUGUAACAAAAAAGUCGGCAGCGUUUGACAUCACAGCGCCCCCAUCAAUACCAGGCGCAAAAUUAUAUUUGUGUGUGAAAAAUUUAAAUGGCGACACGAAUGAUCUGUCAUUAGACGAGGGUAAAUACAUACAUCAGGGCACGGAACCCUACAAGGUUAUAGCGACCCACAACACCUUGUUGCCGCUGUGGGUAACCCUAAUUUUGAUAUUAAUAUGUUUGACGUUCUCCGCCUUGUUCUCCGGCCUUAAUCUAGGCCUGAUGUCGCUUGACAGGACCGAGUUGAAAAUCAUAUCUAACACGGGCACAGAGCAAGAAAGGAAAUACGCUCGCGCGAUUAUGCCCGUGCGCGAUCACGGGAAUUACCUAUUGUGCAGCAUAUUAUUGGGAAAUGUUGCCGUCAACUCGACAUUUACGAUAUUAUUGGACGAAUUAACGUCCGGUCUGUUCGCCGUGAUAUUCUCGACGCUGGCCAUCGUACUACUAGGCGAGAUCACGCCUCAGGCCAUAUGUUCUAGACAUGGGUUGAUGGUUGGCGCCAAGAGCAUUGUUGUCACAAAGGCUGUUAUGGCGCUCACGGCUCCGCUGGCGUUUCCGGUCAGCAAGCUCCUGGACUAUUUCUUAGGCGAGGAGAUAGGCAGCGUCUACAACAGGGAGCGACUUAAGGAGCUAGUCAAAAUAAUGUCGUUCAAGGUCACCACAGACGUCAACGACCUGGACAAGGACGAGGUGAACAUAAUAUCGGGCGCGCUGGAGCUCCGCAAGAAGACAGUGUCAGACGUCAUGACCAAGUUGGAGGACGUGUUCAUGUUGCCGAUCACAUCUGUGCUGGACUUCGAGACCAUGUCCGAGAUCGUCAAGUCGGGUUACUCCCGCAUACCGGUGUUCGAAGGUUCCCGCACGAACAUAGUGACGGUGCUGUUCAUAAAGGACCUGGCGUUCGUUGACCCGGACGACAACACGCCGCUGCGCACCCUGUGCCAGUACUACCAGAACCCGUGCAAUUUUGUGUUCGAGGACGUCACCCUUGACCUCAUGUUCAAGCAGUUUAAAGAUGGUCACAAAGGUCAUAUGGCGUUCGUCCAUCGGAUCAAUAAUGAAGGGGAAGGCGAUCCGUUUUACGAAACCAUAGGCCUGGUCACGUUGGAGGACGUGAUUGAGGAGAUGAUACAAGCCGAAAUCGUAGACGAAACCGAUGUUUUCAUGGACAACCGCACGAAGCGGCGCCGCAAUCGCCCGCAGAACAAGCUGCAGGACUUCGCCGCCUUCGCGGAGAGACACGAAAAUCAACACAUACAUAUAUCACCGCAACUCACUCUGGCCACUUUCCAGUUUCUCAGCACAAGUGUUGACGCAUUCAGGCCUGAUACAGUAUCGGAAACUGUACUCCGUCGCCUCCUGAGACAGGACGUGAUACAACACAUCAAGCUGAAGGGGAAAACUAAGAAGGACCCUAGUACAUACGUCUUUCAGCAGGGUAAACCGGUGGAUUACUUCGUGUUGAUAGUGGAGGGCCGCGUGGAGGUGACGGUGGGACGAGAGAACCUCGUGUUCGAGGCGGGGCCCUUCACCUACUUCGGGGUGCAGGCGCUUGCGCAGAACGUGGCCGUUGCUGAGUCGCCGCCCGCCUCGGCAAUGGGGUCGCUGCAGAAUAUAAACAUUGACGCGCAGCUGCGGCACACGUUCGUUCCAGAUUAUUCCGUGCGCGCUGUCACCGAGCUCUUCUAUCUCACUGUCAAACGGUCGUUGUACUUGGCAGCAAAGAGGGCAACACUGAUGGAAAAGGGCGCACUAUCGAAGGGCGCAACAAACGAACAGUUCGACACCGAAGUUGAUAAGUUACUUGAAUCCGUUGAUGAAGACAUAAGCAUUACUGGCGAACAGAAAACUCCGUCUAGACAGGUGUCCCCGAACCCCCUUCCGGUGUCGGCCUCCCCCCACACCCGCUCCACGUUCGCCCGCCGCCCCUCCCCCGCGCGGGACGGAUGUGACGAGCAAGAAAAAUUACUACAAUAGAAUAAUUAUAAUUGCAUUUGAUUAAUAUCAGCAGUGACUCGAUUAGUGGAUUUCUGGAUCGAUGAAUCUCUAAUAAGUUACCCCGAAGUGCGGUCAGAACAUCAUUCCUGAAGAUUUCCUUUAAUCUUUCUCUGUCCUCAAGCCGGAAUGGAAACACCUAGUUGUAACAAUCUGGGACUGGUUGCAGGUUUAGGCUAAACGUAAGCCGCCUUAUUGAUAAAUAUUUAAUUCUCUGAUUUGGCUUGGAGUGGUAAAUCUUUGUUUUGUCCCUCUCUCUCUUUUCAGCAUUUGACAUUGAAAGAACGAGACAAUACAAAGAAUUGCUAUUCCGCGGCUAAUCAGAGAAUAAGGUUUUUAUUAAUAAUAGGGAUAGGGUGUAAAAGUACGUCCGACACAGCCGUAAGGUAUGCAUACGGUAUCCCAAUUAAGGUUACUUCAGAGUAAAAAUAUGACUGGGAUAUAGGAAAAUAAUUUAAAAAUUCAAUAUCAAAAUCAGUGCACAGCGAACAUAGCGCGGCACAUCGUGUCAAUGACCUCGGCUCGCGCGCGAAUCAGCUGUGAGCCGUGAGUUUGUGCGCGUGUGUCGCUGUAGCGAUGGCAUUUUUCAUUGCAUGUAUUAAACUUUACAGUUAGUUUUGAUUGGGAAUUCUUUAACAUUUUAAUGAGGUUUCUUUGGAUGAAAUUACGGUUACACGAUAAAUUAGACAAAUCUGCAAAAAAAAAAAUGAAAAUGUUCAAUUCACCUUUGAACUUCAUUAUCACGGAAACUACUGAUUUCCCAGACAUGAUUUCUUCGGGGAAAAAUGUUCAUAUUGAUGGGGAGUUUACGUGGGUCUCGGUUUUGUCGGAGGUAUAUUUACACCCUGUAUAAAUCCUUUAUAUUUGAUCGAUAUUACAGUCAAAUUUAAUGUGACGAUUACGACCGCCAUAUACCUAGCUGCCGUAAAAACGACCAGUGUUAUAAUGUAUAAAGCAAAUAAGUAUUACUUUACAUAGCACAUCUAAACCGCACGCUCCCCCCGGCAAGACGACGUUCAAUCAAAAAUAAGCUUUAAAGUGUCCGAUGUAGACACAUUUUGCGUUGACAAGACGAGAGCUGACAUCGAGCGGUCCGCAAAUUUAUUAUCAAUGCAAAAUAUGUCUACAGUGGACGCUAUAAAGUUCAAUUUUCAAUUAACUUCUUCUUGCCGGUGGGGAGCGGUGCGGUCGAAGUGUGCGACUUAAGCGAUGUGAUUAAAAGAGAAUUGUUCGAAUCUCACCCUUAAUGAAACCGGUCAAGUGUGAGUCGGACUCGCGCGCGUGUUCCUAGCAUUGUAUUACGUGAAGUACUUAAUUUUCUAGUCAUUUUUGAGAAUGAAUGUAAAAAAAAUCUUGUAAUGUAUUGUUUGAACGAGUAUUAAAAUAAUCGACAAGACUUGAAGUUACACGGAAAUCGGGAAAAAUGUACAGAGUGGCGUUUUAAACAGCGGCUUAUUGUGUAAAAUCUUCCAUAAAAAUUGUAUUGUAAAUGCGAAAGUCUGUCUGUCUGUCUGUUUGCCGCUGGACCGAUUUUAUUAUUGAAAUUUGGUAUGCAUGUAAUUCAAGAACUCAGUUCAAACAUUAUUUUCAAAAUUCUAUAAUGUAGCGUGAAAGUUUGUAUGAAAAUCGUUAACAGAGAAAUAUACGCAGGCGAAGCCGCGGGCAAACGCUAGUAUAAAGUAAAUAAAUGUAUUUUUAUAAGUAUUUGUGUAGAUUAAAGUUUUAGACUGAUUUUUGUUGUAGAAUUUAGUAAUUUAAAAUUAUUUUGAAUAUUGAUUUUGGCGCUUGUACUUAAUUUUUGUGCUGGUCUCCAAGGCUAUCUGGCUGAGGAAGAACCUUUAAACCGACAUGUGACUUAAUCUAUGUGCUUGUAAGUUUCAAGGUCACAAGUGAGCGCAUUUAACCUUAAUUUUCCUGCAUGCGAUUUUGGACCUUAUUGACAGCGAUAUCCGAUAUCAGAUAUUUGGUGUAUUUUUCCGUGCAUGACGACGUGCGUGAUGCUGGCGAAGUAUCAUGAGAACAUAGACCACAAUACAAACUUGUAUAAGGUUGAAAAUCGUACGCAUCCAAAAUAGGCUUCAGUGUUUUCCUUGAGUGUUUUCUUUUUAAUUGUUCUAGUUGAAAAAAAUAGAUUUAGUACGUUAAGUAGGUAUGAAUAUAUGUCUACAUGCACGUAUGUAUGUUGGUUUUCUAGUAUUAUAGAUAAAAAAAAAAAAAAAAAUGGUUGCCUGUAAAGUCGGUUUUACGGGCGAAGAUUUUACGUGACAACGUCUUUUUACGCGCGCGGCAGACCGAUCAUAGUUGAGUGGGAGAGAGACGCAAGGCAUUCGGCGGGCCUCUCUCUCGUUCGGUGACUCAUCGUAACGUUACCGGGCGUUACACUUUUUCAUAAGUGACUCCCAGCCGCAACCUAAUUUAAGACGUUGUCACGUCAAAAAGUCGUUAUACUUAAAUUCAUUGGAUUACAUAUGUUUCUUCGCAGAGCGUUUCGACCGCUGCGGCCGCGCUGUCAUUACAAUAUUUCAAAUUUUUACAAAGACAAGAGUUAAUAGUUUCACUGUCUGACUUUAAAAUAAUUAAUCUGAACUGUGUGUUUGUGUGUGUGUGCCAAGAAGUGGUGGUGUAAUGGUUAAAUCGCCCGCCUGUGGAUCGAAAGGUCCCAAGUUCGAAUUGUGCCACAUGAGUUUGUAUACCAAUCUGACUCAUGUGUAGUAGUUUUCAUCGUCCACCACUUGCUUCCGGUGAAGGAGAACAUCGUGAGGAAACCAGCACACUGGUUGAUUAUUAACUUGUGUGUGAAAUGGAGACGGCAAUGGCGAACCACUUCAUUAAUAGUCCCAAGAAAGUUGUUGUGUGUGUUUCAUUCCAAGUAAUGACCACGACCCUCAGCCGUGAGGAAUACGACUAUGAAGAGGUAAUGUAAAUUUUAUGAAUGAUUGAUUUUGGAAAUGAUUCCUUCCUCGAGAAAAUCGACGGAUCGUAAUGACAGAGCGGCCGCAGCGGUCGCAACGAAACGCUCUGAGAAACACCAUGAAUGAUUUUUUAAUUUGUUGAGCCUAUGGAGACUCACUUUUUAUAAAAUAACUUCUAUUUUAUGUUUAUAAUAAAAAUGGGAUUCUCUCUUUGCAUCA